AUGGCUACGAGAACCCUUCGCAGUCGCACUCCGAAACAAGCUGGAUCUCACCUUCCACCAGCAAAAACGAAGCAGGCGGGCAUUCAGGGAUUCACACGAGCAGGAAAGGCCAACGCGGGAGUAGGGUCAAUUGCGAGCAAGGAGACUCCGUCGACUCUCAAGCGGAAACUACAACAUACGGAUGUCGAAGAGGUCACUCCUGAGAACCGGCCUGGGGGAGGAUUGAAGGUUCCUAAACUCGGAACAGCUGUUUCGAAGCUCGUCUCCAAGCCGUCUGAUGCGAUCGAUCAGAAUCUCGUGAUAGAAUCUCAUUCUACAGUUGAUACCCCGAAUUGCAAACGGGACGAAAGUCAGACCAUAGUCCCGACCCAGACAAAGUCAGAAGUCGAACCAGAGCAACCCGAGAAUUGCAACCGCCCAUCGUCAUAUCUUGAACUGGUCUUUCUCUAUUCUUCCUUUCUACACGCAUUAUCGCUACAUUUUGCCCACAAUGGACUUAUCGCGCCAGUGGACCUUACAGUAUUCCUCCCCAAUAUGGAGCGAGUAUGGAAAAAACGUAAAGUGACGACAGAGGACAUUCGGAGGCUAUUAUAUGUGCAGAACACUGGGGACGGAAACAAAAUCUCUGUCCACUCUAGACUUAUCGAUUAUGGAGUGCGAAUAUUACUCGAAAGAGUUCAGGCGAACCAAUCUGGGAAUUCGUCUUAUGCACCGCUUAAUGAAGAUGAACUGAACGCGAAAUUCGAAGACAAUUUAGAACAGAUUUGGCUAGAAAAAAGCACGGCUGUGUCGGAUUUCAACUGCAUGCGCGACAUUCCCUUGGAGCCAAUCUACAAAAUUCCGAAAACCUUGUUUUCGAUCAAACAACAGAAAGCAUCCGAAAUAAGGCUAACUGGGUUAAAAGCACCAAAAGCGAUGGGAUUCGUUCAGGAAAAGGGGCCCUUGCACAAGUCUUGCACGACGGAACGAAGGAACGGCCUUUUGGAGAGAAUAAAGAGUAAGGCACUGCGCCAAUCUACUCUGACACCACCAGUAUCUAAAGAAACGGCCAUGCGACGUGCAGCGGCGGCGCGUACCUCGGACAUUGUAAACGUGCUUCUUCGAUUGGCACCUUCAGCCUCAUCAGACUUAGAAAUAUCUCCUUCGCAUAUGAAAAAGGCCUACAAACUGGAGACGAUGGUUCAGAUGAUUCAGGAUUCGAUGCAGAAUCCCGUUUCUAAAUCUGAGAUUUCAAUGAGUUUGGAGAUUCUAGCCAAAUCUGAGGUUUCGGGAGGUUGGGUCACGAUGGUGCCAGUGGCCUCGACGAAGUCGGUGAUAUUAAGGUCGUCGAAGAAUAUCUCUCCGCAAGAUAUUAAAGUUAAGGUUGACAAAACGAUUUGGCCCUCAGCGCUCACUCUGGACUCAACGCCAAUCCACGUGAUCAAUUUACGCGUCGCGUCCAUUUUACUGCGUCAAAACUCGGCCUCAGAGGAGGAUGGAUUGCAAGAAACGAACAGGCAAGGGUUUGAGCAGAAGAUGUCAUCGAGACCGGAACUUAAGGUCGACGACGAAGUCGGUUUCAUUCGAUUUUUCCGCUCCCUCCCUCCAAAAGAUGACUCCGCAACAGUUCGAGUGUUUGACCGGGGUGACUGGUACACGGCUCAUGGCUCGGAUGCAGAGUAUAUCGCACGUACAGUCUACAAAACCACAUCGGUGCUGCGGACGUUAGGGCGGAGUGAUACAAGUGGUUUGCCAUCUGUCACGAUGACGGUAACUGUCUUCCGGAAUUUCCUACGGGAAGCGCUUUUCCGCUUGAGCAUGCGGCUAGAGAUAUGGUCAUCUCAGGGUGGAGCGGGCAAAGGUGCCUGGAAGCUGGCCAAGCAGGCGAGUCCGGGGAACUUGCAGGACGUGGAGGACGAAUUAGGCUCGGCAGGCGGAAUGAUGGAUACGUCGCCGAUUAUUCUCGCCGUUAAGAUCUCCGCAAAGGCAUCUGAGACGAGGCAUGUGGGCGUUUGCUUUGCGGAUGCGAGUGUGCGGGAGCUGGGAGUGAGCGAAUUCGAUGAUAACGACCUCUAUUCGAACUUUGAAUCCUUGGUCAUUCAAUUGGGAGUUAAAGAAUGCCUGGUUACUGCGGACGGACAAAAGAAAGAUAUCGAACUAGCCAAGAUAAGGUCUAUUGCGGAUAGUUGUGGGAUUGCGAUUUCAAGCAGGCCAGCAUCGGACUUUGCGACGAGGGAUAUUGAUCAGGACCUAGCGAGGCUGCUGAAAAACGAGCAUGCUACCGGAACUUUACCACAAACUGAUUUGAAACUGGCUAUGGGGUCUGCUGCGGCUUUAAUCAAAUAUCUCGGUGCCAUGUCGGAUCCGUCGAACUUUGGCCAAUAUCAACUCUACCAGCACGAUCUCUCCCAGUACAUGAAAUUGGAUUCAGCUGCGCUUAGGGCCUUAAAUCUAAUGCCUGGCCCGCGUGAUGGGGCCAAAAGCAUGAGUUUAUACGGUCUUUUGAACCACUGCAAAACUCCUGUCGGUGGCCGACUGCUUGCGCAAUGGCUAAAGCAGCCUUUGAUGAAUCACAACGAUAUUGAAAAGCGGCAACAAUUAGUCGAAGCCUUUGUCUCUGAUACGGACCUGAGACAGACGAUGCAGGAGGACCACCUUAGAUCCAUACCCGAUCUCUAUCGAUUGGCGAAGAAAUUCCAGCGAAACGUGGCGAAUCUUGAAGAUGUUGUCAGGAUCUAUCAAGUUGUGAUCCGCCUCCCUGGAUUUAUCAAUACGCUUGAAGCCGUCAUGGAUGAGCAGUACCAGGAGCCGCUGGAAACGGAAUAUACCUCUAAGAUUCGUAACCUUUCGAACAGUUUUGGAAAACUGGCGGAAAUGGUGGAAACAACGGUUGAUCUAGAAGCCUUGGAUCAUCACGAAUUCAUUAUCAAGCCUGAAUUCGACGAAAGCCUGCGGACAAUAAGAAAAAAGCUGGACAGACUGAGGCAUGACAUGGAUGCUGAGCACAAGCAUGUUGGCCAUGAUUUGAAUCAAGAUAUCGAAAAGAAACUUUUCCUCGAAAACCACAGAGUUCAUGGAUGGUGUUUUAGAUUGACCCGAAAUGAAGCUGGUUGUAUACGAAACAAGCGAGAGUACCAGGAGUGUUCAACCCAGAAAAACGGUGUUUAUUUCACAACAUCUACAAUGCAAUCUCUCCGGCGGGAGCAUGAUCAAUUGUCACAAAACUAUAACCGGACCCAAACGGGGCUUGUGAAUGAAGUGGUCAACGUUGCGGCAUCAUACUGCCCUUUGCUUGAACAACUAGCAGGUGUAUUGGCACAUCUAGAUGUGAUUGUGAGUUUCGCCCAUGUAUCCGUCCAUGCCCCUACACCAUACGUUCGGCCGAAGGUCCAUCCCCGUGGUACAGGCAAUACCAUUCUCAAGGAGGCCCGCCAUCCUUGCAUGGAAAUGCAAGACGAUAUUUCCUUCAUAACCAACGAUGUCUCUCUCAUUCGGGACGAGUCUUCGUUUCUUAUAAUCACGGGCCCCAAUAUGGGUGGUAAAUCGACCUACAUUAGACAAAUAGGUGUGAUUGCGCUCAUGGCUCAGACCGGCUGUUUCGUGCCAUGUACAGAAGCCGAACUCACGAUAUUCGACUGCAUUCUGGCUCGUGUCGGUGCGAGUGAUUCUCAGCUCAAAGGCGUCUCAACCUUCAUGGCCGAAAUGCUGGAAACCGCCAACAUUUUAAAGACGGCAACGUCAGAAUCAUUGAUAAUUAUCGACGAGCUCGGCCGUGGGACGAGUACAUAUGAUGGAUUCGGGUUGGCUUGGGCCAUCUCUGAACACAUCGUCGCCGAGAUUCGAUGCUUCGGCCUCUUCGCGACCCAUUUCCACGAGCUCACAGCCCUCGAGGAGCGGUACCCCAAAUCGGCCAAGAACCUUCACGUCGUUGCGUUCAUUGGUGAUGGCUCUAGCGAAACCCAGAACGGCACACCAAGCAAGAAGAAACGAGAGGUUACGCUUCUAUACCGAGUAGAGCCAGGGGUCUGCGAUCAGUCUUUCGGUAUACAUGUGGCCGAAUUGGUUCGCUUCCCGGAGAAAGUGGUCAAUAUGGCACGCCAGAAAGCUGAAGAGUUGGAAGAUUUUACCAACUCGACGGCCGAAAAGGGAGAAGACUCUAUGGAUCUUGAUAAGUACUCUUGCGAAGAAGUUGCGGAAGGAAGCUCAUUACUUAAAGCUAUGCUUGUCAAGUGGAAAGCCCAGGUGGAGGCUCCAGGGAAUGAGAAUAUGACAACGGAAGAGAAGAGACAAUUGAUGAGGGAUCUAGUACAGGCAGACGACUUGCUAAAGGUAAAUAAGGUCUUUCAAGAUAUCAAGGCCCUGUAA